AUGGUCGAAUCCUUGAUUGAGAAAGGUGCAGACCCAAACUUGGACUGGCAGUUCUCCACUCGGGAUCACGCGGAUUGGUUUUUCUAUAGCACAAUAGGUUUCGCUCUACAUUUCGGGCACCUUGAAAUUGUGAAACUUCUGCUGGCAAAGGGUGUCCAUCCAGACAAAACAGAUCUCGAGCUCGCCACAAAGAGAAAUUACGAGGAGGCAAUUGCUCUCUUAUCGGAAUUCUCCUACGACAACUUACCUGAGAAAGGAUCUGUGCCCACUCAUGUUUCUUUUAACAUAGAAGCCAGGUUCGAUAAGGGUCUUGAGGUCAAUGUGGUGACAGACGAGCUUUGGACCUGUGAUACUACCCAAGUGGAAGGCUCGGAGGAUGCAAAAUAUCCCAAUGAAUUGGACAUAUAUUAG